AUGGUUCGAUCCGAGGCCGUUCGAGAGACUCUGGGGCUUCAUGUGCCGUGGGUGCUGAUCAAUCGUUCUCACUCCAAAUCGUCCACCCACGUGACACGUGAAGCCCUCACUGGCACCCUCGACGUAGACGCGGAGACCCGGUCGAUCGAAGUCGUUAUUGAGCCCGAGGCCUGGAUGCAAAGUGCAACUCAGAUAGAUUCUCACUGCUCCGAGUGCUGA